UUCAUCUGUCUGCAGUCAUUCGCUGAAUAAGCAGUGUUUUUUCUUCCAAUCCGAUCAGAGACCUUCACCAUCUUUAUUUUCUGGAUUUAACCAGCACGGCCGUUCAUUGACAUCAUCCCAGUUUCGAACUUGUCGCUCAGUGGGAAGUGAAAACGGUAUUUAUAUAUAUUUUUAGGGCGAGUGUGUUUAAUAUCAGCUCUUAUCAUUGCCGGAAAUCCUCUGUCUGCACGGUGGGCAUCCAGAAAAAAAAAAAGCGACUUGACGUUUCAUUGAUGUGCGUCGUUGGCAUCAUCUCAGCCCCUCGGGAGGUCUGUGGGAAAUAAGCGCUGAGGGGAAGGACCUGAGGGAAGAGGACAUGCAGAGGAUGAGUGGGGAGUCACGAGAGACGGCGGCUCCAUCCGAAGUUUAACAAACCAGAGGCUUUUCUUCCUGCUGUUUGAGCUGAGCAGGUGUGAAAGCACUGAAAGUGUUGGAAGUGAGGAGGCUGAGCUCGGGAGCUGCCAGGCUGCAGCUAUGGUCGUUGAGGCGAGGUUUCCUCCCUCCUCAUCAGUGACCUCGCCCUUUGCCUCACCAUGCUGAAAGACCCCGUCGCCACCUCCUGCUACAUCGUCCUGGAGCUGCUCAUUGCUGUGUUCUCCGUGCUGGGCAAUGUGCUGGUCUGCUGGGCCGUGUGCCUCAACAGCAACCUGCAGAGCAUCACCAACUUCUUCGUGGUGUCGCUGGCGGUGGCCGACAUCGCCGUCGGCGUCCUGGCCAUUCCCUUCUCCAUCGUCAUCAGCACCGGCUUCUGCUCCAACUUCUACGGCUGCCUGUUCAUCGCCUGCUUCGUGCUGGUUCUCACUCAGAGCUCCAUCUUCAGUCUGCUGGCCAUCGCCAUUGACCGCUACAUUGCAAUCAAGAUACCGCUCAGGUACAUCAGCUUGGUGACAGAUCAGCGGGCUCAAAGCAUCAUCGCCAUCUGCUGGGUUUUAUCCAUCAUCAUCGGCCUGACCCCCAUGAUGGGCUGGCACGAGCUGUCCAAGAGCGCCAACAUCACCUGCCCGUCCGGCCUGAUGAGGUGCCUGUUUGAGGACGUGGUGGCCAUGGAGUACAUGGUCUACUUCAACUUCUUUGCCUGUGUACUGAUUCCCCUGCUGCUGAUGUUAGCCAUCUACCUGUGUAUCUUCAUGGCUGCUCGCCGCCAGCUCAAGCUGAUGGAGGUGAAAGCGGUUCACGGGGAGAAGUCGCGCUCCACGCUGCAGAAAGAGGUCCAAGCUGCCAAGUCUCUGGCCAUCAUUGUGGGGCUGUUUGCAGUCUGCUGGCUGCCUUUACACAUCAUCAACUGCUUCACCCUCUUCUGUCCUCAGUGUGAGCGUCCUCCAGCCUGGAUCAUGUAUGUGGCCAUUAUUCUUUCCCACGCCAACUCCGUGAUCAACCCCUUCAUCUACGCCUACCGCAUCCGGGAGUUCAGACAGACCUUUCGCAAGAUCAUCUGGCGCCACAUCUUGGGCAAGCAGGAGCUGUUGGGGAGCGGCAGCAGGACUCACGGCUCCAGCAGAUUUACGCCAAACAGCCUGAGCUUUGACCUUUUCACUGAACACAGCAGCAGCGGCAGUAGCUGCGAAAGCUCCUACCGCUGUCCAACUCGCAUGACGCCUGUAGAGGGCGGCGUGGUGGAAGUGUCCCGCCCCCCUCUGUCAGUCAUCAUCUCCCACUGUCCUAAAAUAGGCCCAUGUCCACAGCAACCCCUCAGAUGGACUCAAAUCCCCAGAGGACAUCAGCAGCAGCACGUGGAGCAGCAGCUCGACUGCCCUGGACCAGAAGUCGUGGAGGACAAGGACAAACAGAACCUCGGCCCCUGCCAGGUCACCUCGCUGUUGAACCCGCAGAACAGACACAGCUGCUUUAGUGAGCUGGCAAAGGUGUUGUGACUCGUGCACGUUCACUGAGUUUCAAGAGCCUUGCAAUGGAGAAGGAACACUGCAAACGGAUAAUGAAUGGACAGCGAAUGUCACGAAGGUGAUGGAAAUCUCCUCGCCAUAAGAAACAUUAUUUAAACACAGUGAUUUGUUCAUUUAAACCAGGCUAAAAGUCUAAGAGCACUGCUAGUGACCCAAAGAGGUUGUGUUGCUUCACAUCACAACCUCAUGACACCUCGACUCACACUUCUUUAUUUGUUCAGGCACUUCACACAUCACAAAUGGCUUCAACAAACAAGGUUACGAAAUGCUUUUGCUUCGUCUUUACGGAUAGUUAAUGUGUCAUACAACUGCACUUUGACGAAGGAAAUUGCGCAACCCACCAAAGCUUAGCCGAAAUGGAAAAGAAGGGACAGUAUUGACCUUCACUCCCUUUAAACUACAGCAGGUUGAAGUAAUAUACCAAAGUAUGCAUGUAAAUAGCAUCCUGCCAUUUCUGGUCUUUGGCUGAAGACACAUUAUUGGUACAUUUUGACAUUUUUCAUGGAUGGGAACAUACAUCACCAUGGGCAGAGGAUUAUGUCUUAUGCAUUAUUGCCCCCUCAUGUGCAGCAUUUUAAGAUUCAGUCCAUUCUGAGGACCUGCACCACAAGCGGUGACACCAGCCUGCUUAGAGAAGUUCACGCUCAAUUGUAGAAAGUUUUAAACGUUUCACGUUCGGCUUAUCCCCUCCUCUCACAUUGUAAUCCAGCUCCAUAACAUCGAUGUAACACGUUCUAAUUGGUCUGACCAACAUCAACAGUACUUUCCCCAGUGGCAGAUUGGUUCAUCUAAGCAAUGUAAUGGUUCACGUGUUUAAAAGUAAGGGCUCCAGUGUCGGUAAUGCGAUGCUGAAAUGUAACCUCGUGUUUUUUGUUUGCUCAGUGUGUCAACUUGACUUUGACUUAUUUAAAUUAUAUUCAUGUAAAUGUCGACGUCUGUGAUUUGAUGACUGUCUCGAAAAUAAUUUGUCGGGGGAUUGUGAACGUCAAUAUUUUAGACUUAAAUCAAACUCAUGGAAGCAAUUCUGGUUCUAAUUGUCCUGAUGAAUGUGUCCUCAGUCCAGCGUGACGGUUGCUUCCUGUGUGAUCACAAGCAGACUAAGUCCUGUCUUUAAAGCUCCUAAAAGGAACUUUCAUUUUGUGUUGAUUUUGGUGGUUCCUGUGGACACAAAUGCGUUUACGAGCAUCAGAGUUCUUUAAAAAAAAACUCUCAUUUGACUGUAGCAGGGUCUGUCGGUCUGCUCCACUCGGUCCUGGUUCUGGUUCUCCCGUGCCUCCCUCCCCUCCAGCGGGCCCAGCAUUAUGACCCCUGUCUCCAGCAGCGUGGUGUCGGUAUUGACUCCUAAAGGGGACCGGCGGGGUAGGGAGGUAAAGCUCUGCUCCUGGCUGGAGGAGGAGGUGCUGCUGUCAGACGCUGAGCUGGUCACUACUGGAGGCCCUGCUGGAAUCCGAGCUGAAGGAGUUUCUGGUGACCCUGCAUGGUUUGAUUGGUGUAUGUAGGUCAUAGGUUUACACUGAGACUGUUUCAUAACCAGUUAAAAGUUCUUCACAGUAACUUUAAAUAAAACACGUUCUAUUUUCAA